AUGAUGGAUAUACCAAGUCCUGAAGUUGAUGAGUAUCCGGCUUGGUGCCAGGAUGAUCAGGUCCCUGUUACAAAGGCAGAAAUAAAAAGCAUUUUUAAUGAGUUGAGUCACAAGUUUGGAUUUCAGCAGUCCUCAAAGGAAAAUAUGUACCACCAUUUCCUUGCACAAUUAGAUUCUAGAGCAUGUAGAACGGACGCCCAGACUGCUUUGAUCUCCUUACAUGUUUCGUAUAUAGGUGGAGAAAAUGCUAAUUACAGAAAAUGGUACUUUGCUGCCCAAUUAGAUCUUGAUGAUGAGAUUGGUAUUCAAAAUAUGAAACUUACUGGUAAGUCCCACCAAAGGAAUAAAAAAGCUGCCAAGAAACGUGGAACUACGAUACAACAGCAACAAAAACAAUGGAAGGCAAGAGAAUUGGAAUUUAUUAAUGAGCAUCCAAGGGUAGCUCUAUCCCAGAAACAAUUAAGAGAUAAAGAUUGUCUAAAGGCGGAAGAUUACAAGUGGAAAAUAAAAAUGAAGGCACUGACACCCUACCAAAUGGUAAGACAGAUCGCUUUAUAUCUUUUAUGUUGGGGUGAAGCAAACCAAGUUCGUUUUGCUCCUGAGUGCCUUUGCUUUAUAUUUAAAUGUGCACUUGAUUAUGACACUAACACCAUAGAAUCUGGAAAUACCAAUGCAUUACCCGAAUACACUUACCUAAAUGAAGUUAUUACUCCAAUUUAUAAAUUCUUAAGAAAUCAGGUAUACAGAAAAAAUUCAUCGGGGAUCUGGGUGAGAAGAGAACAUGAUCAUGCAAAUAUAAUUGGUUAUGAUGAUAUAAAUCAAUUGUUCUGGUAUCCUGAAGGCAUUGAGAGAAUCGUUUUAAACUCAGGAAUUCGGCUUGUAGAUAAGGACGUCGGUGAAAGAUACAUUCAUCUUAAGAAUGUAAAUUGGUCGAAAGCAUUCUACAAAACCUAUUAUGAAACUAGAACUUGGAUGCAUUGCGUACCUAAUUUCAACAGAUUCUGGAUUAUUCACUUCGCGCCAUUCUGGUUUUUCACUGCAUACAACUCUCCCACAUUAUAUACAAAGGAUUAUACUCAGCUUUUGAACAACUCACCAACUUCCCAAGCAAAACUUUCUGCCGUAGCUUUUGGUGGUGCAAUUACAUGUUUAGUUCAGAUUAUUGCUACCCUCUUUGAGUGGAAAUUUGUGCCGAGAGAAUGGCCUGGGGCCCAGCAUUUGUCGAAACGACUAUUUGGUCUAAUCGUAUGCUUCGCUCUUAACUUUAUGCCAUCCCUCUACAUAUUUUUUAUUUUGGACCUUGGAACUCCUUCAAAGUUUGCUUUUGUUUUGUCUAUUAUUCAACUGGUAUUUGCCAUAUUGACAAGUUUAUUCUUCGCUAUUAGACCGUUAGGUGGAUUAUUCGGUUCAUAUCUAAAUAAAGGAAGUAAAACUAGACGGUACAGUUCUUCUCAAACUUUUACUGCAUCAUUUCCAAAACUGCAUGGCAGAAGUAGAUGGUUUUCCUACGGAUUGUGGGUCUUUGUUUUUCUUUGCAAAUAUAUUGAGUCUUAUUUCUUUUUAACUUUAUCGUUAAGAGAUCCAAUUAGAGUCUUGUCCAUUUUAAAAGUUCGAUGUAAUGGAGACAGAUUACUAGGAACUCUCCUAUGUGAAGCUCAGCCAAAGAUAACUCUGCUUUUGAUGUUUCUUUCGGAUUUAGGACUAUUCUUUUUGGAUACUUAUCUUUGGUAUAUCAUCUGCAAUUGUAUCUUUUCGAUUAUUUUAUCAUUUUCACUAGGUACAUCUAUCUUUACCCCAUGGAAAAACAUUUACUCUAAACUUCCAACCAGAAUUUACUCUAAAAUUUUGGCAACUUCUGAAAUGGAUAUCAAGUACAAUGUUGAAAUAUUAGUAUCACAAAUUUGGAACACUAUAAUUAUUUCAAUGUAUCGUGAGCACUUGCUUUCUAUUGAAAACCUUCAGAAAUUGAUAUAUCAGCAAGCGUCUGAUAUGUAUAACUCUGCCGCAAGAACAUUGAAAUCUCCAACAUUUUUUAUUGCUCAAGACGAUUCAACAUUUAAAUCUGCAAAUUUCUUUCCUCCAAAUUCUGAGGCUGAACGAAGAAUUUCUUUCUUUGCUCAAUCUCUAUCUACACCUGUUACUGAACCUUUAUUAGUAGAGUCGAUGCCAACAUUUACCGUAAUAGUUCCCCACUACAAUGAAAAAAUAAUAUUAAGCUUGAAAGAAGUAAUAAAGGAAGAGUCACCUAGCAAUAAGCUGACUGUUUUAGAGUACCUUAAGCAGUUAUACCCUUCAGAAUGGUUGAAUUUUGUGAGAGAUACGAAAUCUCUAAAUAAGCCAUCAUUCAAAAAAAAAUUAAAUUCUUCACAAGAAAUGGAGGGUACCAUGGACAAGCAUCUAUUUAAUCCAGACUAUUCUGAAGAUGCUGUUGAUAGUUAUGAUAGUCAAUCAGGAUCAGUAAUGAGUAUACCAUCGAUGUUGUAUAAAGAUCAAGAAUAUUUGAUUCGUGAAAAGAUUAACGAUUUGCCGUAUAAUUAUUUUGGAUUCAAUGCGUCUGAUACACUUUAUACCCUUCGAACGCGUAUGUGGGCAUCAUUGAGGUCUCAAACCUUAUUUCGAACUAUUUGUGGAUUUAUGAAUUAUGAAAAGGCAAUAAAGUUGCUGUAUAGGGUUGAACACACAUCUUCAUUUUCGUUGUAUAAAAAUGAUGAUAAGAUGUGGGAGAAUGAGCUAGACAACUUGGUAGCUAGGAAAUUUCGUAUGGUUAUUGCAAUGCAGAGAUACUCCAAAUUUACAGCUGAAGAACUGGAAGCUGCUGAAAUUUUGUUACGUAAAUUUCCUCUUCUCCAUAUAUCUUAUAUUUUGGAGGAAGAGUGUCCAGAUGACGGUGAAAUAAUAUAUUAUUCGUGUUUAACCAAUGGAUAUGCCCAAUUAAAUGAAAGAACUGGAUUGCGAGAACCGAUAUUUAAGAUUCGAUUGUCGGGAAAUCCUAUAUUAGGAGAUGGGAAGUCCGAUAAUCAAAAUCAUUCACUUAUCUUCUAUCGUGGCGAAUACAUUCAAGUCAUUGAUGCAAACCAAGAUAAUUAUUUAGAGGAAUGCUUGAAGAUUCGCUCGGUGUUGAGUGAAUUUGAAGAAUUAGAUGUUGAUACACAAAUUCCAUAUAUUGCCGGAAUAGAAUAUGAUGAAGAACCAGCACCAGUAGCUAUAGUUGGAGCAAGAGAAUAUAUAUUUUCUGAAAAUAUUGGAGUACUGGGUGAUAUUGCUGCUGGAAAAGAACAGACGUUUGGUACUUUAUUUGCAAGAACCUUGGCAGAAAUUGGUGGAAAAUUACAUUAUGGACAUCCUGAUUUCAUAAACGCCAUUUUUAUGACCACAAGAGGGGGCAUUUCAAAGGCUCAAAAGAGUUUGCAUCUCAACGAGGAUAUAUAUGCAGGAAUGAAUGCCAUUUGUCGUGGUGGAAGGAUAAAACAUAGUGACUAUUAUCAAUGUGGCAAGGGACGCGACUUAGGUUUUGGAUCUAUCCUAAAUUUUACCACAAAAAUUGGGGCUGGUAUGGGAGAGCAGCUGCUAUCAAGAGAAUACUAUUAUUUGGGAACCCAAUUACCAAUCGAUAGAUUUUUGUCCUUUUUUUAUGCACAUCCUGGAUUUCAUCUAAACAAUCUCUUUAUUUCUUUAUCUUUGCAGCUGUUUUUCCUGCUACUACUUAAUUUGGGGUCAUUGAAUUAUGAAGUAAUAGUAUGUUUUUAUGACAAGAAUGCAUCAAUAACUAGGCUAGAGGAGCCGGUGGGUUGCGCCAACAUUAAACCUGCACUUAAUUGGGUCUCCAUCUUUGUUCUUUCCAUAUUCAUUGUGUUCUUUAUUGCUUUUGCGCCAUUAAUUAUCCAAGAAAUUUUAGAAAAGGGUAUAUGGAAGGCAUUUGCAAGAUUUAUACACCAUAUUUUAUCAAUGGCACCAUUGUUUGAGGUUUUCGUUUGUCAGGUAUAUUCUAAUUCUUUGCUGAUGGAUGUCACAUUUGGAGGUGCAAAAUACAUUGCCACAGGAAGAGGCUUUGCAAUUACUAGGGUAAAUUUCUCAAUACUGUAUUCACGGUAUGCUACAAUUUCUAUUUAUAGUGGAAUACAAAUUUUUUUGAUGCUUUUAUUUGCAACAGUCUCAAUGUGGCAACCAGCUCUCCUUUGGUUUUGGAUAACAGUUGUGUCACUUUGUUUUGCUCCAUUUAUCUUCAACCCUCACCAAUUUGUAUUUUCUGAUUUUUUUAUUGAUUAUAGAAACUUUAUUCAUUGGCUGUCAUCAGGGAAUUCAAGAUAUAAGAAAGAAUGUUGGUCAAAUUAUAUUAAGGCUUCUAGGGCAAUCUUCACAGGAUAUAAGCGGAAAACUAUUGACGAUGAAUCUGAAAUGGAGGAUAAAGUUGAUAAGAGAACAAGAUUUUGGAAUAUUUUAGGUGCUGAAGUCAUUGUGCCUCUCCUCUACUUUUCUUUUAAUUUUUCUGCGUAUAUGUUCAUUAAUGCACAAACGGGCGCACAAGAUGUCGAGCUAACGAACUCUAUUCUUCGUCUGUCCAUCGUAACGUUUUUACCUAUUGUCUUCAAUGUCAUAAUAUUGCUUUUGGGGUUUGGAAUCUCGCUUCUUACUUAUCCUUUUCUGGCAUUUUGUUCUGCAAGUCUGGGAAGUUCUAUUUCAUUUAUGGUCCAUUUUCUUUCCAUCUUUAUCUACAUUAUUGACUUUGAGAUCAUGUGGUUUCUUCAAGGUUGGAAUUUUACAAGGACACUUAUAUUAUUAUUAACGUCAAUUAAUUUACAAAGUUUCCUUUUCAAGAUUGUGACAACUUUUUGCAUAACAAAAGAAUUCAAAAACAAUAAGCCUCAUCUGGCAUGGUGGACUGGUAAUUGGUAUAAAACAGGUUUAAGUUGGUCAGUCAUCUUACAGCCAAUGAGAGAAUACAUACUAAAAAUAAUAGAGUCCAGUUAUUUUGCUGGUGAUUUCUUUUUGGGUCAUUUUCUACUGUAUAUGCAAACACCGCUACUGUUUUUUCCCUUUGUUGAUUAUUUCCAUUCUAUGACACUUUUAUGGUUGAACCCAACUCAAUUAGUUUCACAUAAGAGAAUCUUUACCAAGAAGCAAAAAAGACGCAGAAAUAUUAUCAUUGCGAAAUAUAUUCUCCUGUAUUUUAUGCUGUUGUUGAAUCUAUUGUUUUUAUUUAUAGCACCAUUUUUUGCAGAUGAACUAAUCCCUGAACCUCAAUCUUUGGUGUUAAAUACGCCACUGAACAGAACAGUCCAGCCAUACAAACAUGACAACAAUGAUACAGGCCCAUUUGUGGCGCCGACUGAUCCGGCCAUGGGGCAAACAGUCAAAUAUAUUACCAUAUAA